AUGUGGUGGUGGAGGAGUGGUGGUCAAACACGUCCACAGGGGGUUCACAUGGCGCCCACUACGGGUGGAGGUGGGUGGGUACUUGGGAACCGACUACCGAGUGAGUUACUGGGUAUGCGUGCGUUGCAUCCUCCACCUCGCUGGAUGUGA